GAAAUAUUGCUUGUUUAUGCAGAGUGCUGAAAUUAAUGUUCAGAGAUCUGUCUCAUGUCUGGUUCUUCGUCUAACAGUUCUGUGCUUUCACCCAGAGAUAUCCCAGGCCUCUCCAGUGAGGGAGAUAGUAAACAAAGAAACAAAGGUGACUUGAUAUGUAAUCUUUUGGCAUGGCUUUAAGGAGCUUUGCUCUCCUUUGAGCAAUGAUCAUCAGGGAUGUUGGCUGUUUAUAAUUGUAUCUGAGACUCCCAUUUACAGAUGCUUAUUCUCAAUUGUUUACACUGAACAAAAAUCAGCAACUGUUUGCUAUAUGUAAGAAGUAGUGUAGUCAUCCUGCCUUUUUCAUUUGAGGAAAUUAGUCUUUCUUUUUGAUGCUCAAUAUCAUACAGCUUGGUCUUGGAACUGUGUAGCACCCACAUUUGCUCAGCAUUUCAUUAGUCUAUAACUUUGGCUUUGCAAUAUUGCAAGGGAGGCUGAUUUAUAAGCCUGCAUUUUUCACUGCUGUGUCAGCAGGGAGGAGGUUUAUCCCCCCAGGUUUGCAACAGCCACUUUGGUCACCUGUGGUAGAAAACAAUUCUCUCUCUCUCUCUCUCUCUCUCUCUCUCUCUCUUCUUUAGUGUGAAUAAGCAAGGAAGACCUUGCCCCUACUAACAGUAAAGAUGCUCUCUUUAAAGCGGUGAUUCUUUAUGCUUAGCAAUUUAUUCAUCCCAGCAUAGUGUCCUUCCUAGUGACUGUUCGCUAGUAUCUCCCUUGUGUCUUUUAAAAGAUUAUGAGCCACUUUGGGACAAGGAACCAUCUUCUUAUUUCUUUGUGAUGUAAGCUACUUUGAGAACUUUUUGUGUUUGUUGAAAAGUGGUACAUAAAAAAAAUCAGCGUCUUAUAAAUGGGAAGAUAGGAUCUUUUUCUUUUUGAUUUUAUUUAUAUUUAUAUACUGCCCUUUGUCCUAAGACACCAGGUUUUCCCCUUCAAGCAGUCAAUGUGCUUCCACAUAAAUGUUUCCCCUUUCCAUUAUAUUUGAACUUGAGGUCACCCAAUGAAAUUGAUUGUCAAUAAACUGAAAACAGACAAAAGGAAAUAUCACUUCAUACAAUGCUUAAUUGCCGUAUUUAAUCGAAUAUUUUAUUUAUAUAUUUAACAUUUCUAUACCGCCCAAAACUUACAUUUCUGGGCAGUUUACAAUUAAAAUAAUUUAAACAUUAAAAUCAUUUACAUUAAAAUCAUUUAAAACCCAACAUUACAAGUAUUAAAACUAUAAAUCUAAUUAAAAGCCUGGGUGAAUAAAUAUGUCUUCAGUGCCUUUUUAAAAAUUGUCAGAGAUGUGGAGGCUCUUAUUUCAACAGGGAGCACAUUCCAAAGCCCAGGGCAGCAACAGAGAAGGCCCGUCCCCGAGUAGCCACCGGACGAGCUGGUGGUAACCGCAGACGAACCUCUCCAGAUGAUCUUAACGGGCGAUGGGGCUCAUGGUGAAGAAGACAAAUACCCAGAACCUAAGAUGGGUAUUUCCCACCAAGACAGGCUUUGAAGCACAGAGGCUCUAACUACAUAGUACAGUUUCAGAGCUUGAGUGCCAGCAGCAUCUCUGCUCCCCUCUCAUCAAAGCAGCAGGAAGAGGUCCAGCAGCUAUGUGCAAAACGGCUACAGAGGAUGCCUCUGCAAUAUGUACUUGGUGAGUGGGAUUUUCAAGAUCUCACACUCAAGAUGAAACCUCCAGUCUUCAUUCCUCGACCAGAAACAGAGGAACUGGUCUCUCUUGUUGUGGAUGAAGAAUGCAGGAAGAAAUUGACCUCAGCAUACUGUAAGGAUCCUUGGCUGUCCCCAGGGACUCAUGGCUCUGUAAUCCUGGAGGUUGGCUGUGGCUCAGGAGCAAUUGCUCUGAGUCUGCUGAGAAAACUGCCCCACAGUCAAGUCAUUGCCAUCGAUAAAUCAGAAGCUGCUGUGCAUCUCACCAGGGAGAAUGCUGAAAGGUUACAUUUGCAAGAGAGGUUAAAGAUCCUUCAUCUUGACAUCUCUUCUAGUUCUUGGGAAUGUCUACAGCCCUGGGGUUUAGUGGACACUAUAAUCAGCAAUCCACCAUAUGUUUUCCAUGAAGACAUGACUCACUUGGCAGCAGAAAUCCUCAGCUAUGAGGAUCUUGAUGCCCUGGAUGGAGGAAAUGAUGGCAUGAGUGUGAUCAAAGAGAUUCUGAAUCUGGCUUCUUGCAUCCUCAAAGAUUAUGGGAGUAUGUUUCUGGAAGUUGACCCUAGGCACCCAGAGAUGGUGAAGAACUGGCUCUGCAAUCAUCCGGACUUGUUUCUCUUUGUGUCUGCCACCCACAAGGACUUUUGUGGAAAACCAAGGUUCCUGCAUAUCCAAAAACAUGGGGGAGAAGUCAAGAGAAGAUCAUAAGUUGUUCUGUUCUCCCAAUAUUACUGACUCCAGUGUUACUAAACUAAACUUUUCUGAUGGGACCGGGGCUUAUUCUUCUGUUAGAACUCAGUGCUCCAACAGGAAUUUGAGCCACCGUUUCACUUCUUAGAGUCUUAACCAGCAAUCUCUAAGAAAGUUGUCUUAGACAGACAACCCACUCUCAUAUGAGUGAAUGUUCACUCACAGUGAACAUAUCACACACCCAGAUGGAAUCGUCAUUCAUGUAAUGCAAAUGCCCUGACAGUAAUUAUUUAUUUUUUAUUAUUAUUAUUUACAUUUAUAUCCCGCUCUUCCUCCAAGAGCAAAGAGCGGUGUACUGCAUACUUAAGUUUCUCCUCACAACAGCCCUGUGAAGUAAGUUAGGCUGAGAGAGAAGUGACUGGCCCAGAGUCACCCAGCAAGUAUCAUGGCUGAAUGGGGAUUUGAACUCACGUCUUCCCGGUCCUAGUCCAGCACUCUAACCACUACCCACACUGGCUCCUAAUGGAUACUAUGUGAAUAAGGCAGUAAGUUAUCAAGCUAAUUUACAGUAAAUUAGCAGUAAAUUUAUCAUUGCUGUUGUCACAUGAGAAAAGCAUCACCUACAUUCAUCCUUGAUGCAUUCUUUUUUUUUUAAAUUUUGGCAGUGACUUUUAUCAGCAAGUGAUUUGCCUAGGAAGAACUGGAUUGAAAAUGGUGACACUUAUCAGUCACCUUCCAAAUAUGGCUCGGCAGAACAACCUAAAUGAAAUCCACACCUUUUGCUAAUUUAAGCCUCACAAAAAUGAAUAAAACUUAGAUUGAUAGAAUGUAAUGGCCAAUCUGAACUUUGUAUUGACAAAUCUUGUUUUAUCAGCAAGUGUUCAUAAUGUGUUUUGAUGAGUGUUCAUAAGACAAGACCUUAAGCUGGCUCCAGCUGCUACUUCUUGACAAACACUGCUUAAUUUUAUUAUUCCAGUUUAAUUUAAGAAGGCAGAAAGAAAGUUUUGCUUCUGUUAACCUUGAUCUAUUAAUUUGGCUACUACUGGAAACAAGUUCAGGGCAAGUCCAGGCAUCCAAGAAAGCAAAGCAAUUAUUUGGGCUGGCAAUGUAAAACUUUGUGUGGUCUAAGAGGACUAUCUGUCCUGCCCCAGGACAUUUUUCACACAGGGCUUUUAGCUCAAAUCUCCUCCGGAAUGGAAGGUGUGCAUUCACAUAUCAGCCAGAUUUAACCCAAAGUCCCUGUAAGCUAUCAGGGAGCACUUCACACACGAUUCAGGUUUUUCAUUGCACGUUAGAGUAUAGCCAGAUUUAUGUCUGGAGUGUAAAAAUCCACUUUUUGCAUUGGUUUUUUGAGCAAAUUCUAACUCGCAGUAAACUCGCGGUAAAGCCUGCUGUGUGAAAAACGCCCAGAUUUCCUUUAAAUGCAGCAGAGGAUGCUAAGGCACACAUGUGGGAUUGCAAAAUGAGGCCAGAUCUGUGUAAACAUCUGUGUUUGGCUAUGAAAUGUGCAUUCGUUUACCUCAUUAGUUAUAAGAACUGUUGUCUCAGUUUUAUAUGUAUUUCGAUCACAGUGCAUUUGUAUUAAACUUAGACCUUUGCCUUUAGUUCAGAUCCAGAUCCAGACUUGUACAUCCAGUUUUCCUUAGAAAAAAAAUUACUCAUCCAAGACAAAUGUAGGGAGAAAGCAGGAGAUGAAUUUGCUGAAGAAAAGAACCAAAUAGUGUAUGAGUUAUAAAUAAUUGAAAAGUUUCAUUUAGAGUUGCCUUUUGCAUUUCCAAAUGGGUGUCUCCUUUCCUAGACAGAGCCAGCCAGUGGGUUAUGAGCAGCAACCACACAGUGGGGAAGGAAGUAAACAUCCUGUGGCUUAACAGCACAAAUCAUGCUUUUGGGAAAGACUCAUUGGCUGACAGUGAAGCCCUGGCCAGAGAUUUAGGGAGGGCAUUCAUAAGGUCGCUCUCAUUAAUCUGGAUGUAGGGAAUACUGGUUCUGUCCUAGGUCCAUUAAACUAUCCUUUAGUGUGCAUUUCAAAGAUGACAUGGUUUGCUAGUAGACCCUUAUUUGCUGCACCUCAUCAAGGUUGGUAAGAUUUUUGCCUCUUCUGGUUGUUUUAAUUUUUUAUCUUCCACUCUCUUUUCUGCAGUAAUGUUUUGGUUAGCUAUUGAGCAUUUGAGGCAGGAUAAAAAUAUCUGUAUAAAUAAAUAAAUGAAAACAAGAGAGGGGA